UUAUGGCUUCGCGAAGCAAAAAUAGAUAUGGAAAAACAAGGAUUAACAAUCUAUGGUGAUUUUGUACCAUUCUGCGAGGAGACAGAUUCAUCUGAGUCCAAAGAAACCAAUGAUUCCAAUCAUGCGGGUCCAGAGCAGUGA